AGCGACUAAUGAAAAGGAAUUCGUUUCUGAAAACCGAGCUUUGAUCCAUGACUGAAAUUUGAAUUAUAUUAACAUUAUCUAUUAACCCUUGAUCACAUAUUACUUAAUUAAAACAUAAUAACUUUGUGAAUUAUUCUAAAUUCUAUAGCCCGUAGCUAAUCCUUUUAUGAAGCUGCCCAAGUCAUCGCAGUUGUAUUGUAAGAUAACUUAGUUUUGUUCAACGACCAGUGAAAAAUAAAUUAACAAGUUGAUUAUUAGUUUUGUACAAAUCAAAUAAACACAAUGUUAACAUACAGUGAAGUCGUUGCAAUGCUGGACAGCGACGAUGAAGAAGCCGCAACGAUUGAACAACCUGAUCUUGCUGCCAAGAAGCCAACAUUUCAUAGUGCAACAGAAGUGAAACCAUACAUUAUAUAUGAAUUUAAAAAGGAUGAAAACACACUGUACGCCCACACAGGAUUCCUGGGUGAAGCCGAUGUAAUAUGCAUAAGGAGAAUUGAUGCCACCUGCGACAAUGAAUACUCACUAUGGUUCCUUGAAUAUACCAUAAAAAAAGAUAUAAUGCAAUUUCAGUGUAAACAUUUAAUUGCCUGUCUUGUACCUAAGUACCCUUAGGUCAAUAGUUAAAUUAAAAUUAAAAAAUAUAUACAGUCAAAAUCUGUUAUAACGACAUCGAAGGGACUGCUCAUAUCCAGUCGUAAAAACCGAUAGUCGUAAC